CUGACCUGUUCCAGUGCCACCAUGAAAUUCUUCACUGUCCUGCUAUUUGCCAGCCUUGCUGCCACCUCUCUUGCUGCCGUGCCUGGGUCCAAAGAUGAACUCCACCUGAGGACUCAGCCCACAGAUGCCAUUCCAGCUUCCCAGUUCACUCCUUCCAGCCACAUCAGCAAGGAGAGCACUUCCAGUAAGGACCUUUCCAAGGAGUCUUCCAUCUUCAACGAAGAGCUGGUGUCCGAAGAUAAUGUGGGGACAGAAUCUACCAAACCACAGAGUCAAGAGGCCCAGGACGGGCUCAGGAGUGGGUCAUCUCAGCAGGAAGAGACCACCUCAGCUGCAACCUCAGAGGGAAAACUGACCAUGCUGAGCCAGGCAGUGCAGAAAGAACUGGGUAAAGUAAUUGAAGGAUUUAUAAGUGGUGUGGAAGACAUAAUCUCUGGUGCCAGUGGUACCGUGAGGCCCUGAAGACAAAAACGCCUAACCGCUAAGUCCCACGCUAGGUGGCGCCUUCAUCACCCACAUUCUGCUCAUCUGACCACCACCUCUUGGUCUGCCCUUUGAUGUCUUACAUUAAAGUACUGCAACCG